CAACGCCGUAAGAGGCUUGAAUGGAAGACUUCGGAUGUUUGACAGAUGAAUUGACCUGCAGAAAUUUCUGGAUGGAAAAGGGCCGAAGACGGACAAUGCCUGUUUUAAGGAUCUUGGUUGCAAGAUGAGUGUCACAAUCAGAGCUUGAUACGCCUACUCCUGACGACAAUGUUCCUUUGAGGCGCAAGGGAGACUGCAAUUCGGACAGGUCUGAACACGACUUUGCAAGCUGAGAGGAAGGAUGUCGCUCCUUCGCAAAUCCUUCCGUUAUAUUCAACUGCUUGUCUCAGCCGAUCCCACCGGUCUGGAUUACGUCCUUUUGCUGACAGGCACUGUCUGUGCCAUUGUCUCUGGGAUUCCUUUCCCUCUCAUUGGAAUCCUCUUUGGUCAGCUCAUCGACAACUUCAACUCUGCCACUUGUACUGCGGACGAGCAGUCUGGCGACCACCCCGAUUAUCAAGGGCAAGUGAACUCCAAAAUCUUGCUCAUAUUCUACCUGGCAAUUGCUCAAUUCAUCACGAUAUAUGUGCAUUUGGCAUGUUGGAGCUUGGGUGGUGCGCGCCUCGCCCAGCGACUUAGAGAAAGCUAUCUCAAGAAUCUGCUCCGACAGGAACCUUCUUUCUUCGACAAUGUCACAGCUGGCGAGGUCGCGUCUCGGCUUAAUGGCGACAUUCAAACCAUUCGAUCGGGGACUUCGGAAAAGGUUGGGAUAUGCCUUUCGAGUGUCUCAUUCUUCGUUACAGCGUACAUCGUGGCUUUCAUCAAAGAUACCAAGUUGGCAGGCAUGUUGAUCUGGUUGUUUCCGGCCUACUUUCUAAUGUCGCUGGUUGGCAGCCACUAUGUUGAGAAGUAUUCGGAAUUGGUGUCCACUCAUGCCGCAUCUGCAGCGUCCAUCGCCGCCGAAGCCCUUUCCAAUGUCAUUGUUGUCCAUGCGUUCGGAGCAAACGCUCGACUCGAGAAGAUCUUCUCACAACACCAAACAUCGUCGGAACGGGAAGGUGUGAAAAAGGCAUUCGCCACCGGAGUACAAUCCGGGGUCAUGUAUUUCAUCGCUUAUGCUGGAAAUGCUCUCGCAUUCUGGCAAGGGAGCAGACAAAUCGCACAUGCGGUCAGCGUGGAUUCCACUGAUGCCUCAGUUGGCAAAGUUUUCACAGUCAUUUUCAUCAUGGUGGAAGCCACGCUUGUGCUCAGUCAGGUCGCCCCUUUCAUUCACAUGUUUGGUGCAGCCUUGGCUUCGUUCAAUACAAUCCGUGAUGAUAUGAGCCACCAAUCGAGCAUUGACGCGACCACCAAUGAUGAUGGCAUACGUUUGGAGAACGUCAACGGUGCCUUCGAGUUGAAGCGGGUCUCCUUCCGAUACCCAUCACGGCCGGACACCGUCAUUCUUCAAGAACUAAACCUCGAGAUUCCUGCCGGGCAGCAUACAGCCAUUGUCGGGAUGUCUGGAAGCGGAAAAUCCACCAUUGCUGGCUUGCUUACGCGGCUCUAUGAUCCAACAGAUGGCCAAAUUUUUCUUGACGGCCAGGACUUGCGCACUCUCAAUGCUCGGCAGCUGAGGAGUCAUAUCGGAUUAGUCCAACAAGAACCAUCCCUGUUGAACCGCUCGAUCUUGGAAAAUAUUGCCCAUGGCCUGGUAAACUCAGCGCAUCCCGACCACAGCCGUCUGGUACCGAUUCUGCUUGGUCCACAAUUGUCCAUGCUGGCAGAGUCUGUCAGGAAUGGUGCAGACAUGAGUGCUGCAGCUGAGGAACAGGGUGCACUCGUGAUGGAAAUCGUCGAACUCGUCCGAAAAGCUGCCGCUUUAGCUGAUGUAACCAACUUUAUCUCGUCUCUCAAAGAUAAUUACGGCACAUUGGUGGGUGCUGGUGGGCGACUGGUAAGCGGAGGCCAGAAGCAACGGAUUGCUCUCGCCAGGGCUUUGGUCAAGGACCCGAAGAUCCUCAUUCUCGAUGAAGCUACGGCUGCACUUGACUCGGCAAGUGAGCAGCGCAUUCAAGCAGCUAUCUCUAAGGUGGCCGCAGGAAGGACCAUGAUCACCGUUGCACACCGCUUGGCCACUGUGAAGUACGCCAACAACAUCAUUGUUCUGAAGGAAGGCAUGAUCCUCGAACAAGGUAAUCAUACGGCACUCCUCGCCAAGGCCGGUACCUACGCCAACUUGGUACAGAUGCAGACCAUCGGGGCAGGCACUGAUGAGGACCUGGAGUCGUCGCAAGGCUCAGUCGAAAUCGACAGUCCCACCAGAGAUACUCUUGCUGGCGAGAAGAGACCAGAUCACGCGUCAGAAAAAGAACUUGAGCACUUCACUGCGGAUGAUGACGAGAAUGCAGAGACGGAGGACGAAACAGCUGCUUCAUCGUCAAGGUCACUGGUAUCGGUCAUGCACGGGCUGUCACGCAUCGUACGACCUUAUACGCUAGUUAUUGUGAUGGCACUGUUGGCUGCAAGUAUCGUUGGUGGCGCAUUCUCUGCCGAAGCAGUCAUCUUCGGCAACACUGUCGGGAGACUCAAUCCUUGCAAAACCGAAUCCAGUAUUCGAGCCGCCGGCAACUUCUUCGGCCUGAUGUUCUUUGUGCUCGCCAUCAUCGAAUUCUUUGCCAAUCUGGUCAGCUGGUCGGCAUUCGGCUGGUUGUCUGAGAAAAUGCUGUACGUUGUACGACUCUUGUCCUUCCGCUCAUUGUUUGAGCAGAGUCUCCAGUGGCACCAAUCGGAGAACCGAACUCCAGCAAAACUACUCUUGUACAUCACCAAGGACGGCAAUGCUUUAGCAGGGUUAAGUGGUUCCGUUUUGGGGACCAUAUUCUCUAUAUCGGUGAAUUUGAUCGUUGCUAUUGUGUUGACCCAUAUCAUUGCAUGGAAGAUAGCAUUGGUAUGCCUAGCACUGGUGCCGCUACUUCUUGGAGCCGGGUUGAUGGAGCUGCGAGUCUUGGGCAAAUUUGAGGAUAAACACGAGAACGCGUUUGCCGAAUCCGUCGACAUCAGUGUGGAAGCAAUCAGCUCAAUCAAGACUGUUGCAGCAUUGGGCCUGGAGAAGGAGACCCUCAUGACCUAUCGUCGCUCACUCAGAGGCCCUCGUAAAGAAACGACGGCAGUCAGCCUCCAUGCAGCUUUGUGGUUGGCCCUCAUGUACUUCUUAGGCAACAUGGUGAAUGCUCUGGCCUACUGGUGGGGAUCGAAACAGAUCAUAUCUGGAGCGUAUACUCAGACCCAGUUCUUGAUCGUGGUCUUCUCACUUUUGGUGAGUGCAAUGCUAUGGAGCCAAAUGUUUGCGCUGGCGCCGGAGCUCUCGAGUGCAUGGGCUGCGGUAGCCAGAAUCCUGGACCUCAUCGACAUCGGCUCAACCAAAAAUCUCAAGGUCGAAAAACAUUGGGCGGCUUCGGCUCAGUCUUCCGAAAAGGAUGUUGAAGCGCUGGCAGAGGCAACGGGCCUAGUGACGAGUCUAAGCAGCGGCUCCAGCGUAAGUUUUCGCGACAUCACUUUUACGUAUCCCGCUCGGCUCGAUAUGAAGGUCUUGCAAGGAUUGAACUUGGAAAUCCCCAGUGGACAGUUCUGUGCUCUGGUUGGUCCAUCUGGCGCUGGGAAGUCCACUAUCAUAUCACUUAUCGAGGGCAUGUACAGACCGCAGAGCGGUUCGAUCUUGAUUGACGGGGUCGACAUCACGAGGCAGAAGGAUUUCUCGUUCCGCGAUGAGAUAUCUCUUGUCCCUCAAGACAGUGUUCUGUUCGAAGGCACGGUGGCAUUCAAUGUGGGACUUGGAGCUAGACCUAACGAAGAGGCUAGUCGGGCUGAUAUCGAGGAUGCUUGUCGACUCGCCAACAUUCACGAGACCAUUGUCAGCUUGCCGCAGGGAUAUGAUACCCUUUGCGGGCCAAAUGGAAGCCAGCUGUCUGGUGGACAGAGACAACGGCUCUCGAUAGCAAGAGCUUUGGUUCGCAAACCUCGACUUCUCAUUCUCGACGAGUCGACGAGUGCAUUGGAUGCGGAAUCAGAGAAACUCUUGCAGGAAGGGCUGGCUAAAGCUUCGAAGGGAAUUACCGUGAUUGCCAUUGCACAUCGCCUGCACACCAUCAAGCAAGCCAACAUUAUCUUUUUGAUUGAGGGAGGCAGAUGCGUUGACCAUGGCCCGCACUCUGAAUUGUUCCAGAGAUCUGAGAGUUAUCGGAGCAAUGUUCUGCAUCAAACCUUGGGCGACGUGGAGCAGGUAGCACCUUAGCCUAGUUAUCACAAGGAAGUGCGAAAAGGACCUGACAGGGACGCAAAUGAAUACUGCCGGCUACAUUCCCUACAUGUCCACCUUCUUGUCCAUUGAUCUCCGAAGCCGCACAGGUUGGCCAGACUGUCAGUAGUGGGUAUCGAGUGUUCGGUAUUUCAAGGAUUUACCAUACCGGCAUGACACCGUCAGGUAAUACCGUACUGUGUAUGUCUCCACUCGUACAUGGUGUUACAAACUACUAGGUACGGUUACACACUACUAGGUACGCGUAGUACAAUGUAUCCA